AUGAAUCGGACAUCACCAACAACAAUAGCUUCCAUCACAAUUUGUGUUUGCUUUCAGACUCCACCGUUACAACAUCGCACCACAACACCAGCCCUGAGCCACCACCACACUGCCUUCGCAACAGCCCAGAACCACCACUAUACCACCACUGUUGCCUAUUUCAUCUGCGUAGUAGGCCUAUUUCAAAGACUUGAGAACACCUUGAACUAUGGACUUGAAAGGGUUUGGGCUGUUGGAUACAUGAAAGGUUCACGUCGGAUUGUUAUUGGCUAUGAUGAAGGAACCAUAAUGGUGAAAAUUGGACGUGAAGAGCCUGUAGCCAGCAUGGACAAUAGUGGAAAAAUUAUAUGGGCUAAACAUAAUGAAAUUCAAACUAUUAACAUCAAGAGUGUGGGAGCUGAUCAUGAGGUUUCUGAUGGAGAGAGGCUGCCUUUAGCAGUUAAAGAACUGGGAACAUGUGAUCUUUAUCCACAAAGCUUGAAGCACAACCCAAAUAGGAGAAAGUAUCACCCGAAAAACGAUGGGCCAAAGGUUUCGUUUUUUAGUGAUGAUGAAGAGACUACCAGCACACCAAAAGCAGAUGCUCUUUUUAUUCCAAGGGAGAAUCCAAGAGCUCUGGUUAUUCGCCCUCUUAAACAAUGGCCUGGCAAAUCAUCUGCUGAAAAAUUAAAAAACGCAUCUUCUCCAGCACAAAAAAACGGUGAUUACACUGGGUUUGCUUCUUCCCCUCCUUUAAAUGGUCGCUCUACGGAAAACGGUAACAGAAACCAUUCUGAAAACGGAACCCUAAAGGAACAAACACCAAUCAAAACUCCCCAAAAACAAAACGGAGGAUGUGAUGGUGGCGAGAUGGAAGAUGGCUUUGAGUUUAUCGUUAAAAACAAAGGCAUCAACACUGAGGUGGCUUACCCAUAUCAGGCAACAGAUGGAACCUGCAACACCAAGGAAGAAGCUGUCCAUGCUGCCACCAUUACUGGGUAUGAAAAAGUGCCAGCCAACAGUGAAUCCGCAUUGUUACAGGCAGUCACUAAUCAACCCGUAUCAGUUGCCAUUGAUGCCAGUGGCAUGGGUUUCCAGUUCUAUUCAGGUGGCGUGUUUACUGGGGAUUUUGGAACUGAUCUUGACCAUGGUGUUACAAGCUUGUUGAAUCAAAUGGAGUUAUAUGUGGUUGUGUAUAUACUUGCAAUCUUAGGCUUGGAUAGUCUACAAGGAAUCAUGCUGGAUCAAGGCAGCUGUAUUGAUACCUGUUGUACUUUUUGCAGGAAGGUGUGGAUUGCAUAUAAGGAAUCAAGGUAUGAAAAGCUGCAACGGUGGGAUGAUGCCCUUAAAGCAUACACUGCAAAAUCUGCUCAAGCAACAAGUCAACGUCUUAUCUUGGAUGCUACACUAGGUAAUUCAUAUUGUAGUGUAUUUAUUCCAAAUCCCAAAUUCUUUGGAUGGAGAAAAGGGUCACAAGAAUUAUCGGAUCAGGGGUUCAAUAUUAGUCUUAAAGAAGUAUGA